AUGGACAGCCACAGAUAUGGACUAACAUUCGAAAUUAUAUUUUUAUUGAUGAGUUCGUAUUUGAUAUUAACACGAUACCCUCUUACGUCUCAUUCUAUUCUAGGAGAAAUUUCAACAGCAGGAGUUGCUCAAGCGAGAAAAAAGUCAAAUGUAAAACCGGCUCAAGAACUAAUCAUUUCCUUUGAUCUUUUGAAGGAGACAUUAAACCAUUUAGAUGUAUUCUCAGAGCUGAAAGGAUUCUACCACGUUAUGGUCAAUGCGCCUAUCCAUAGCCACGAAGAGAUUUGA